CGUCGUCAUCAGGCGAGCCGGCGCGGGGAAGGAGGGAGGGGCCGGCCUGGUUCCGCCGCUGCUUUUCCGACCCGGCCUGCGCCAUGGCGCCUUGGAGCCCGGCUGACGCGCGUCUGCUGGCGGGAGGGCUCCGUCGCCUCCUCCUUUCGGUCGACUCGCGGCCCAAGCAGGCCUGCUAGAAGCGGGCGAGCCCAGUCCCAGGGCUGCUGGCGGCCCAAGAAAAGUUAUAUCUGCAUGGAAGUUCGUGGAGAUGCUUUGCUAGUUUCAGCCUCAGAAGCAGAAUGGUCCUUUUUUGACAUCUCUUUCUCUCAUCAUAUCUUGUGGUAACAGGAUCCCUGUUUUGGAUUUCCAUAUAGUGAAAGACGUGGAGUUCCAGUCAUGGCUUCAAGACGAACAGAUGUUCCUGCUAUUGAGCAUGGCUCUGAAGGGCUUCUAGGAAAGAUGUCUCAGCCAAUUGGAAUGCACCGCCGGGCAUUUAGUUAUGAUGAUGCCCUGGAGGAUACAACACCAAUGACCCCUCCUCCUUCAAACAUGUGCUCCAAUAUCCUGUGGAAACAGCCAGUCAUCCCAGACCGAAAAUAUGAAGAGCUUUCCAAGGUUGAGGAAUGGGAAACUAGCAUGCAGCCAUCUACCAUAACUCCCUCAACUUCCACUGAGACUGUGGGCAAGGUUCCAGUGGUGAAGGCCAAGGCUACCCACAUCAUCAUGAAUUCUCUCAUGACAAAACAAACUCAAGAAAGCAUUCAGCGCUUUGAGCAGCAGGCAGGGCUGAGAGAUGCCGGAUACACUCCCCACAAGGGCCUCACUGCAGAGGAGACAAAAUAUCACCGUGUGGCUGAGUCACUCCAUAAUCUAAAGAUGCAAAGUGGAGAAAUAGCAAAAGAAGAGAAACAGGCCUCUUCUGCUCAAUCUACUCCAAGCAGCACUCCACAUUCCUCCCCCAAGCGCACAUACAGGAGCUGGUUUAGUCAGGGAACUUCCACUUCCAUCACUGGUCCAGAUCUUGUCUCCAUGGAUUCCAGUGGUGGAGACAGCGAUAAAGCCCCCUCUGAAAAAUGGAGCUUCUUUGGACCUCGUGCUCUCCAGAAAUCCACUACUGACCCAGGGGGCUUUACCAUCCAGGCCUACAAGGGUGCCCAGAAGCCUACCCCAAUGGAGUUAAUGCGUGCUCAGGCCACCAGGAUGGCAGAGGACUCUGCAACGUUCAAGCCUCCAAAGAUGGACAUUCCAACUAUUGAAGAAAAGAGACGUUCCCCACGUUCUCAUAACAUCAAACCACGAGACAUGAAUGUGCUGACUCCCACUGGGUUCUAGUACAUUUCCACAUAGAGGCAGAAUAAUAUUCUAAAUAUUUAAUAAUGGACAAAAUGGUCCAAGGCUGUUUUUCUACAUUCCAUUCUCAUGAGCUUUUGAGAUCUCUUUCCUAGCUCUGAGUUGCACAUGGUCAAGAAAAAAGUUGUGGUCAAUUGAAUGCCUUUCAGAAUUGCUUGCUAUUUUUCCUUCCCAAAUGUCCCUUAUGUUCAACACAAGCACAUGAUGACCAUCCUUUCUGAAGUUCUGACGAACAGGUCUAUUCUUUAUAAACCUAAGUUUUAUAAAGGGAAACCAACAGCAUACUGGAGUUCUUUUGAUGUUAAGACCUAGGAUACUGUGUCUGGCUGUUGUGCAGGCAGGUUUAUCCAUGCCAGGGUAUUGGAGGACAAUAUACAGUUUUUCUAGUCUAAAUAUCUCUUAUUUGAACCUUUGGGGGAGGUCUAGCAUUAACAGAAAUGUAGGGGUCAGUCAUGAAUUUUGUUAAAGAGAUAAAGUUUCAGCAUGAAAAAAGCCAAGACUCUUGUGGGAUUAUGGUGUGAAAUGCAUAAUAGUGUCUGGGACAUACCCUGCUCUUGAUAACAGGUAGGUCAGCACGGUUACAGAACUAAAGUUAGUGUGUAUUGGGCAGAGUUCCAUUCAUUCCGGUGUACAAUCAUUCCUUUGCUUUCGUGACAAAAAGAUCAUCAUUAGUGUGGCCAUUGCCAUUAGAGAACCAUAACAGCAUUUUGUGGGAAAAACACAUGAAAUAUUAAUAGUUCUUUGGAAAGGAGAAUGGGUCAUUCCAUUCAUUCUGGGAUCCAGUGAAGCUAAACUUGUUAGAUAGCAGCUCGAACAUUCCCAGUAACUGGGUGCUGAUGCUUAUUUUCACCAUGAUCAAUUGUUGGGCAUAUUCUGAACAGUCAAGAGCAGUAUAAUGUCUUGCUGUAUUCCGUCCAUGCGGGGUGAAGAAUUGUAACUUGUUUUCUUGGUCUACAUUCUAAGCUGCCGGUUGGCUUUCCAGGAUGAAAUGGCACCCCCAGAGCAUCCAUCUCAUAGCAGCUCAUUAUUUAAAGGCACGCUUAUUGAGACUUCCUCACUCAUUUUUUUGUAUGCCUCGAAAGCCGGGGGGGGGGGGGGGGGCCCCACCAUUACCUUUUUAAAGGAAGUCUGUUUCCCAUCAUAAAUCAACAGUUUUUUUCUUCUACAAAUAGUGGGUGAUAAUGUAGUUAAAUUACUUGGUAAUAUUUCAUCCAGCUUUCUUUUAUUCCCUGAUCGAUUUUCUAAGAUGCCUUGAUAGCACCAUGGAUCUUUGUUGCGUAUUGGCAAUUACCACUGCUGCUUGCAUACAGUAAACAGUGAUCCCAUUUCUUUGUUAAUGGUUUAAUUUAUUUUGUGAUGUUUUAUGUUUGUCUCACUGUGCCUAACACUUCCUACAGAAGAAUAAAAAUAGUGAAUGAA